CGGUGAAUUUCCAUAAAAGUUCCACUUUUCUCUCGCACCAGCGUGUCUUUUAGGCAAUCCAUUCGUAAAAAAUGGCCCCUUUGUUUUGAUAAGUCGUGACUCACGACCUGCUCUCUCUCCACAGCGUGAUAGAGAGAGAGAGUGAGGGGUUCUUCAUUUCCGGGUUUUGUGAUUUUCUAAGAAACUUGCUCAAAUGUUUUGGCAAUUUUUAUCAACUUUUGAGGUAGUUGAGAAGGAGGGUCCUUUGGGGGGUUUCUUCAAGCUUGGGUAUAAUUGCAGCUUCACUUGGAAGAAACCUUGCUGCUGAGAAUUUUGGGUCUUCGUUUUCAUGAUAUAUAAUGAGAUUAUUUCAGGGUUUUUUUUUUUCCUUUUUUGAUGGAUUUGUUGGGCUGUCUCUUUUCAUCUUAUCCCAAGUUAGUUUUAGUUGAUGUAGCGUGAAUUACUGAUACAACUGGGACAUCCUCAAGCAGGCUUCAACCAAGAAUCCACCAAAAUAAUUGUUUUGUUAGAUGAGAUUUUCAAGGCCAAAAUGACUUGUUUUAGCGGCUUAGUAAUUGGUUUGAGCUUCAUCUUUGGGUGCAUUCUCCUAGGGCUCGUCGGAGAAAUCUACUAUUUGUUCUGGUGGAAGAGGCGAAUCACCACCAGCCGACAAAUUCAAGCCCACCACACCAGCUACGCCAAAAAGCUUUCCCAUCUGUUUUUCUGGAGAAAGCCCAAUUCCCCUCUUAUCGGCAAAACUCCAGAAUCCGCUGGUUCAGCCACAAACUUAGCCUCCAAUGGCUAUGAAACCGACCCAGAGCUAGGCUCAGCCAACGGCAAUUUUCUGGGGAAAGGAUUCGGUGAAGAGGGUGUAGAGUCAGAGAUCAUGAGGCUGCACAAUCUCUGCGGCCCGCCGAGGUUUCUCUUCACGAUCAAGGAAGAAACAAGGGAGGAUUUGGAGUCCGAUGAUGGGAAAUCACGAGGUGAUCGAAGCAGAAGAGGGUCCAGAACCAGAAGCCUCAGCGACUUUCUUGUGGCCGUCGAAACACCGAAUCUGACCCCUUUGGCGUCGCCCACACUGAAGGCUCACCCUCUGGAUUCUUACAGCCACCACGGAUUCAAUCCUCUCUUUGAAUCAUUCACGGAGGCUGAGCUUAACAGGCUGAGAUCUUCUCCCCCUCCAAAGUUCAAGUUCUUGAGAGACGCUGAAGAGAAACUGGUGAGAAAAUUGAUGGAAGAAGCAGAGAAAAGGGGCUUUAAGCAUGGUGGGUAUAUCCAAGAUUCUGUCGUCAAAGCUCCUCCCAGUGAAGAGAAAGAAGGUUCUUUCAUUCAAAUAAUUGUGGGGAAGAACAAAGAAAGAGAGGCCCAUCCGCAGCAAUUUCCACAGUACCAGUCAAGUGCUUCACAGGUGCUGCCACUGUCUUCUUCCCCUUCAACGUUCAAAUUACAGACCACUUCAUGAUGGCGAUAAACCCUUACGGAAACAAUUCACGAUGAUCAAUUAGCAUGAAUUGCUUUAUGUAUUUGUUUUUUGUUAACCUUAUCAUUGGAAUUACAGAUGAUUCCAUCUAUGUAUUUAUUUACUCUGAAUUUCUAAUAGUGAAUGGAGGUUUGGUUUA